AUGCAUGACGGAUUGCCUCCACAGGGUCGAUCCGCGUUAUAUGAUGGGAAAAUUCACUUCCGAAUUCCAAACCUCGGCGAAGAAGAUUUGGGUCGUAUUGUCUCGAACCCAUACUGGUGCUCAAAGCCUCAGGUGGGCGGCAUGUUGGAACACAUCCAAGAGCAGUAUAUCAAGGCCCGAGGCUAUGAGAUGGGAACUUUCAACGCCGAAAUGUUGCUGCCAUGCACUUUUAAAGAACAGGGUAAAAAGUGGCCAUUCAUCGCGUAUGCGCACGUCUCCAACGCGGUGUUGAUUGUUCAUCACUUCAUACGCCAAACUUUGGAAGAGUGCUGCCCAGAUGUUGUCGUCCGUGAGGAGCUCUGGGCCUUCCUCUUGUACGGCCAUGACGGCCAUGACGGCUUGGUGAAGCGAUAUGCGAGAGCAAUGGAGCAUGUCGACUUUCUGCUAUCUGUUGAGUUUGAAACUCGAACUAUCACGUACGACAUCCGCUUUGAGGAAAAGUUUAACCAGCUAAAGCUCAAUGAGCAAAAGCCUGGCCCAGAGCAGGGCGAUGACACGGAACCCGAGAAGCAGCCGAAGUCUUCACUCGAGGAGACGGGUAUGACUAUUCAUAACGCUCUCCAUGCGUACUAUGAUCUUGCGCGAAGCCGCUUUGUGGACGUGGUUUGUCAGCAGGCGAUUGAUUACUAUCUGUUGCAUGCAAAUAAUGGUCCGCUGACGGUGCUGUCGGACAAUGUGGUCCUGAACAUGAUGGCAGAGCAGCUGGAGAUUAUUGCUGGAGAGGACCUGGCAGUGAAGGAGAAGAGAGAGCGGCUCACCAAGGAGAUUGCCUCCUUGAGCCAAGCCCUUAAGAUUUUGAGAGGCUGA